AUGCUCAAGAUAUCAAUGGUCCAGGCCCAGAUUCAGAUAAAGCCAUUUACCGUGGCGUGUCCAAGAUACGGGCUUACCUGCAGACCAGGGCAGAUUACUGGGGAAUGUUCCCCACACCUACAGGUUGCAUUAAUCGUUGUUCUGGGAUUCUUCUGGAGUCCAGCACUUGCCACCUUUGAGGUCUACAGGCUCCCAAGUUCUGACGGCGAGUAUGUCCAGCAGACAGUGACCAUAGAUAAUGAGAACCAAAUAGCCAACAUCCACGUAUACGGGGGACUCUGUUCUUCUGAUACUAUUUUUGAUUACAACACUGGAUACAUUGCAGUCCGACUCUUUUCCCGACGUGCUUGCUUUGUUAUGAAGAUGGAAAAAGGAUACAUUUAUGAGCUGGAAGACAUUGGACGGUUAGCUUAUGAAAAGCAGAUGAUGAAGGAAAUUAUGUCCCCCAAAGAUGUGUGGGGCAAGUAUGAACCCAGUAACUCCUUCUUUGGUAGACUGAAGGAGUGGUUCGUCUUAGGCCAUUCUAUUGAGCAACUCUGCAAGGAUGUGCCGGUUUACAAAAUUGAAAAAAUGGAAAGUGGUGGCAUACACGCGGGCAGCUGCGUCAAGGCCGGCAUCCUCGGCAUUUUGGGCAUUAGCAUUUGCGGAGACAUCAACUUGUAG